CUGAAAUGCAACUCCUUAGUCCUUAUUGUUUUGAGGGUUCUGAAACAGAAACGUAACCCAAACCCCACCCACCACCACCGAUCAAGCAUCUCCCCUUGCCCCACCCUUGAAUUCCUCAAAGAUCUCCCCUUUCCCCGAACUUUCACUACGUCCCCUGUAAUUUGUUAUUUAUGCCUUCUUCUUCUUCCUCUUCAGCUUUACUUUCCCCUUUUUAUUUUUUCCUUUCGUUCUCUUAGGUCUUAAGCAAUUAGGUUAGAUCGGAACUCUCUCCCUCGUAGAUUGCAGCAUGGAGUUCGACGACAUCAUCUCGCAGAUCGAUUGGACCGACCUUGAUGAAUCGCCUCAGAAUCGGACCGAGACUGAUGAUUUUCAUCAAGGGAUCCAAGAGAUCGAGACCCACUUGAUGGGAGACGAUGAUGAACCUGCUGCCGACGAUCCCCAGUUCGCAGACGAUUUCGUCGCUCAAUUUUUCGUUGAUUUCCCUCCCUUUGCAGAUUCCUCUUCCGGCGCUGAUCCUGAUGAUUCCUCCUCUUCUCACAACCAUGGCACCCCUGAUUCUUCCGACAAGGACAACGAUGCCGCUGUAGCUGGAGCACCGGUCCAGCCUCCAUCACCCGUUGAAGUUGACAAUGCUCCUAAGGAUCCCGUCUUGAAGAAGCGGCAGAGGCAGUUGAGAAACAGGGAUGCGGCGGUGAGAUCUAGGGAGAGGAAGAAGGAGUAUGUGAAGGACCUGGAGUCGAAGAGCAAGUAUCUGGAAUGGGAAUGCAGGAGACUGGGGCGAUUGCUUCAGUGCUGCGUUGCUGAGAAUCAAGCUCUGCGAUUCAGUUUGCACAAUGGAAGUGGUGCAGCGUUUGGUGCUACCUCGACCGAGCAGGAGUCUGCUGUGCUCUUGUUGGAAUCCCUGCUGUUGGGUUCCCUGCUUUGGUUCCUGGGCAUCAUUUGCCUGUUCCCUCUACCAACGAUGGCGCCCCAGUCGUGGGUUCCAGGAGAGGAACAGCCGGCGCCACCAGAAGGGGAGAUUCCAAGAGGAGGAGGAAGUAAGAUGUUAUCCAUACUGCAACUUGGCGAGCCAAGAGGCAGGAGAUGCAAGGCCUCACGUACUAGGAUGAAAGAAGACCUUAUAUAUUCAUUUCCCUCUUGUAUUCUGCUUGUUUAGAUGAUGCGAUGCAGGAAAUAAGGGUUAUGGAUAGUUUUGUAUAGUGAAGGAGUGAGUAAACAGACGGAAAUCUUCUGGUAUUUCCCCCCCAAAUAUCUGUCUGUCACCAAUCAAGACUACUGAAGUUAUGUCCUAAUUUAUGUUAAGCUGUGGUGCGUUUAUUCAAUAUUUUCAAGAUUGUUGGUUAUGUCUACAGGAUUUGCAUUGUAUGCUCUCACUGUUGCAUAAUUGAUUAAGCUGUGGAUGCAAGAGAUCAUGGGUUUGGAGGAACUACCAUUAAGCUAAUAUUAACGAAAAAGUCAUGGAUCGAGUCUAC